AUGAUGCAUUGUGUAAAGCGCCACAGGAAACAAACGCUUCAUCGGUGCAUUGUGGGUAAGCGGAAAAAAGGCUCAAAAGGCAGAUUGAACGACUAGCCCACGUUGCUGAGCUGUUCUAAAGAACAACAAAUUAGGAGUUCAGAGCAAGAAAUCGAAGACUGUUGCCAAAAUGUCCAUUGGGGUACCAAUCAAGGUCCUGCAUGAAGCAGAGGGACACAUCGUGACCUGCGAGACCAACACUGGAGAGGUUUACAGAGGCAAACUGAUCGAGGCUGAAGACAACAUGAACUGCCAGAUGUCCAACAUCACAGUAACCUAUCGUGACGGUCGGGUUGCCCAGCUGGAACAAGUGUAUAUUCGUGGCAGUAAGAUCCGCUUUCUGAUCUUACCUGACAUGUUAAAGAACGCUCCGAUGUUGAAGAGUAUGAAGAACAAGAACCAGGGUUCUGGAGCCGGAAGAGGCAAAGCGGCUAUUCUCAAAGCACAAGUGGCUGCAAGAGGCAGAGGUCGUGGUGGAAUAGGAAGAGGCAACAUCUUCCAGAAGAGGCGAUAGCUUUUCUUUUUUGUUGUUUUAUGUUCACACGUCUUUGAAUUUGGAUAACUUGGCUGUUCUUUGCAAUCUUGUUCUUUGCAAGUUAUUUCUUGAAUUUUUCUUUUUUUUUAACAAAAAUAAAAGAUGUUUGAAAACUUUUUA